AUGUGCCACCGCUUCUGUGGUAUUCCUUCCGCAUCUGCGAAACCUGAAGACCCUCCCCAGAUCCUCUUCUGCGAUGGCUCCGCCACUUCUGCAGCUCCACACCUGCGGAACCCAAACCGCUGCUAUGCAUUAUUAUGUAUGUCAGAAGAUUGUGAAUGGAGGUUUAAGGCUUCGAGAAUUAACAAAUCAGAACUAUUCAAAGUGAGAGAGUUCAUUGAUAAGCAUACAUGUCCGUUGAAGGACAAGGUGUAUGAGCAGCGACAAGCAAGUAGCAGCCUUAUAGGUGGUAUGAUUAGGCCCAAGCUUACUAAUCAUAAGAGGAAAUACACCCCAAAGGAUAUAAUUGAUGAUGUGAAAUCAUAUUUAGGUGUAGAUGUUAGCUACAUGUUAGCGUGGCGGGCUAAAGAGAAGGCAAUGAAUUUUUUGAGAGGUGAACCGACCCAUUGUGGUUGUGGAUGGAAGUCACCUAAAAUCUUACUAGACCGGGACAUUCGUCUCGGCCAGCACGUUGGAUGGUGCAGUUUGAGGUGUGUUGGUAAGUCAGUUAUGGCUUACGGAGAUUUAAAGUCGAUCAGGCGGUGGCCGGGCCGUUUUUAUGUUAUUCCAGGAAGGACAGAUGAUAUUGCUUCAGAUGAUGUCAUUAUAGGAAUUGUUCCACCAGGAGGAGCACGUCAAGCAUUUGCGUGUGGACAUAUAUUGCCAAUAGCAUAUGGUGUUAUUGAUUCAAAGAACGAUGCUGCUUGGACGUGGUUCUUUGAGCAAUUCAAGAUAGCAUACGGUGACAGGGAAAACAUGUGCAUCGUUUCAGGUAGAAAUGAGAGUAUCAUUAAAUCUGUAUCGAGAGUGUAUCCAGAUGUACCGCAUUUUGCAUGUGUAUGGCAUCUAUGGAACAACGUAUAUAAGAAAUUCAAAAAGAGCCAUGCAAAGUUGAGCGAGAUAUACUUCUCGAUGGCAAAAACAUACACACAAGCUGAAUUUGACUGUUUGAUGGAGAAGGUGGAGAAGGUAGAUAUUAGGGUGAAAGAAUACUUGGAGUUAGCUGGAUACGAAAAGUGGGCUAGGUUGUAUGCACCUGUUAACAGGGGAUGGACCAUGACGUCAAAUAUUGCUGAGUAA